CACUUUAAAAAAAACUUUAACUUUAAAUUUCUGUGUUUGGAUGGCCUGAUCCAAACACAGGUUUCGACCAAUCAGUGCACGCGUUAUGUACAUGUUAUUUUAUAAAAACAUCGUUCAUUCCUCAGCCAGGAGAAAAUUUUAUUUUAAAUGAAAUUUAACAGUUUCAAUCUUUAUUAGUUGUGAUUGAACAACCGAAAAUUGAGGAAAGCAUUGUUCCCAGUGUGGUUGUUGAAGUGAAAAGUGAAGUCGAGGAAAAGCCAGAAAAACCCCAAAGUAAUGGCGAGCUUAAGCCUCCAGAGAAGCCGCAACGCUCAACAAAAAUCAACCGGUCACAAAGCGAUAGGGUUCCAAACCAUCUUGGAACCGGCAAGGAUCGAGAUUUGCGGCACUCGUUCAGAUACGGAAAUCGUCACGGUUACAAAGUUUAUGUUGCUGACGAGGAGAAGGAAAGUGGUGUUCAACGAUGGCGGCCGAAGGGAUUUGGUGCCAAGAAGAGUCUGUUUGAAGGAAAAGAGCCAGUCAAAUUCCUUGGCGCUCGGCAUAUUACAAGUCCAGUGGCAAAGGUACGGCAAACCAAGAUGCAGUUCAGCAAGCCGCGCCCAAAGAUAACAUCGAGUGUGAGUUUGCCUUGCAAACUGAACGAAACCACUGGGAAGACAUCAAGGUCGUUUAAUGGUCUUGCAGGUCGUAGGAUUGCUAGUUCUUCAAAUAUCCCAACAGGUAUGUGGAACACUUGUGUAAGAAACUGUAUAUCAUGAACGUAACAUCAUUAGAGUAUACUUUGAUUUUUGCUAGAUAUUUGAUCAGUAGAAUAGAUAUUAAGAAAAAGGCUUAAUUAAGUGCAGAUUGAGAAACCACUGUAUGUUGCAAAACCUAUAAACAGGUAGAUUUGAUGAGUACAUUUUCCAAUGUUCAAGAGACUAAAACCAGUGGUGCCUAAAUUACUUUGAAUUUGUAUUCGAGUAAAAGUAGAAGUAAUUAACAAUAAAACGACUUGAGUAAGAGUAAAAAUAAAAAGUACUGGAAGCAAAGCGUACUUAAGUAAAACGUACUGUACAAAGUAUCCUUAAAAAAUACUUGAAGUACAAAGUAAAAGUACUAUUGUCUGUAGCAUGUAGAGGGGGGGAGGGGCUUCUCCAAUGGAUUGACAUACAAAAGACACAAAACAGCACACGCAUUAUAUGCGUGUACCGAAUAUACAAUAUUUCACGGCAUGGUCUACUUUCCAGACCCCGUUGAAGAUAUAAGAAAUCCAUUAAAUAAAUAAUGCUUGUAAGUAAGUCACAAACGAGAGAUCUCAGACGCAUGUAAAGGUCGUAUUACACAUCCCGAAAUUAAAAUCUGGAAUAAAUCACGUAAAAUUAAACAAAAGUUAGAAAGUAACGAAAUAUACUUCGCCACAAAAUGAAAAUAACGAAGUAAAAAGUUACUUCUUAAAAUGACUUCGUUCUAAGUAAAAGUACUCCAGAAAAAGUUUACUUUGUUACAUGCUCACUUCUCAAAAAUAGUACUCAAGUACAGUUUACUUCGUUACUUGACACCACUGACUAAAACAACACAAUAAGAUCAUUAAGAAACAUUGCGACUGAUGGAGUUUACUGUGGAAGUGUUAGUGUGAUUAAAGAGAUCAACAGUAACAAGAUGCAAUUAGUAUACAUGUAAUUAGACGGUAAUAAAGUUAGUUUAUGUUUCCUCCUGUAGUAACACUGAGCCAAUAAGGAAGAACAGUUCAGAACUGACAGAGCUAUCCCAUACAAAAAUGCUAGGGUUACUUAACCUUGUAAGACAAUUGUUUAUGUCAUUUAGGUAUGCACCUCUUAAAGGACUUGCCGUCUUCAAUCAAGAAUCAGGCAGCCGACAUCCUUGACGACCCUGCCAAGGGACAAUGGUGGAGAAAGAUCGCCAUCCAUUAUCGUAUCCGAGAAGUCGAAGUUAACGACCUCGCCUUCGGAGCAUCUCGACACAUUUCGGGAAGCGAAACCAAAGCUCUGUUCCAAAAACUGUCUGUCAAGCAUCCUGACUUGACUGUAUUAAGCCUAGUUGACUUUUUACUCAGUGAACAUGCCAGCCAUGACAUUUUAAAUCUGUUUCGGCCAUAUACGUAUAAAGGGAUUUAAUACGUAGUGCGAUCUAUGUACAUCAUAGCCAUCUGUGGAUUUUUUUUGUAAUAUAAUUUGGUAUUGUAAACCACUUUUAGUGAAAUUAUAGUAGCAAUGCACCAGAGCAAUGCACCAGAAAGUACCAGUUUCAUCUUGAAAUAGAUUAUGUUAAAUAUAAAGUUGUUAAUAUAUCUUACUUACAUUAUUUAGUGGAUUUUAUACUUAUAAAAGAGGACAAAUUACACACAGAAAUAUUUUGCAUUCUGUCAACAAGAUUUGAUCGUAACAGUCUUGUGGCAAUGUUCGCCUUGUCAAGUGCAAAUGGCACUGUUGUAUAAAUUUUAUCACAUUGCUACAAGGUUGUCACAAUGUCACUCGCAAUUUGCAAGGACGGUACAAGUUGGAACCUGUUGGGACCAUUUGUAACAAGUUUGUUAAGUCAACAACCUUGUAGCAAAUUGUCAUCAAACCGUUAAAAAUGUUUUCAACAAGUGCAAACACUUACUGUAUUCUAAUGAACAUACUAAAUACUACUUAAUGGUGGUUAUUUUUGUAUCUUUGCAACUGUAACAGACAUUCCAACUCUCCCGAUUAGGAUUUUACCGGGAGUCUCCCGAAAAUUCAUGCAAUCUCUGGUCUCCCGAUUUUUAUAAAAUUCUCCAGAUUUUUUAGAAUAUUCAGGAAAUAUAGUAAAAAAAAAUCAUAAACAUGCUGUUUUUAGCAACAUAAUAGUCUGUCUUGACCUUUUUAUGAAGUUCCUUAAUGGCAAUUUUAGGAUCACUUAUAACAACAUCUUCCCAAAAUGCAGGAAACGCCAUUUCAGAAGACUUAAUUUUUAUUAUUUUUUCCCAGAAGAACUAGAUUUCAAUUCACUGAACAGUCUCCCUAAAUUUCACCUCCAGUAGUUGGAAUGUCUGCUCAUGGUACUUACAGUGUAAGUACCAUGAGUAUUGUACCAAUGACUUCUGAGGAUCGCACAGGGAUUUCUAGAAAGACAGGCAUACAUAUGUUGCAAUGAGAACAAGCGGUUAAAAGCAAAAUAAUCACACUAAACACAGUCUGACAUGAUGAAAUCUUUGUUGGAGACCCUCGCUAAAAAUAGUAUGUGGUUUUAUUGGUAGUCUUUCUAUAGACUAUUUGUUACUGGAACAUGUGAAUAAAAAAUUAGUGUGCAG